AGGGUGAGAGCGUAAACUUACCCUUGAAGCGCCAGAACGUUGUGAUUGGCAACCGACCUUGCUGGAAGUGAUCUUUGCGCUUUGAAUACUUGAAGUUUCAACCAAGUUGCCGCGAUGGCGAGCAGCGGCGCGCUGCUCGCGGGGCGAUUCGCGUCCUUGUUGGGCGCACAUGGCUCGCGUUUCGCUUGCAGUCAGAUAGGGACGCUAGCUAGUCAGCUUGCAGCGGCUGUGGACGUCGCAUCGCCCGCGGGCUGCCGGAGCCUGAGCACGUUGAUUCAACGAGGAUCGGUGGCGAGCAGUUCCGGGAGCGAGCGAUGGUCGGAUGCCGGCCUUGGGCGCGGUAUCCACACGAGCACCGCGUCCGCGGCGUCUGAUUACUAUGAGCUCUUGGGCUUGGAGCGGUCAGCGUCUGAGCAGGAGAUUAAGAAGGCGUACUACGCGCUAGCGAAGAAGUACCACCCCGAUACCAACAAGGGCGACCCCGCCGCCGCCGCCCGCUUCCAGGAGCUUCAAAAGGCGUACGAGGUCCUGCGGGACCCGGAGAAGCGGCGGCUGUACGACACAGUGGGCCGGGAGGGCAUGGACCGCAUGGACAGCGGCGGCGGCGCCGGCGGCCCCGGCGGCGGGCCGGAGGGCUUUGAGGGAUUCCAGGGCUUUGGCUUUGGCUUCGGGGGUGGUGGCGGCGGCGCAGGCGGCUUCCCGUUCGGCAACGCGGCGGACAUCUUUGAGAACCUGUUCAGAGCGGACCCGCGACUGCAGGCCAUGCUGAAUCGGGUGCAGAUGCAGCCGCUGCGGAUCUCAUUCAUGGAAGCCGUGAACGGCACGCGCAAGAGUGUCCAGAUCGGGGUGCGGCAGGGCGCCACCAAAACCGUGGACCUAGACAUCCCGGCGGGAGUGGACACAGGAGACGUGCUGGAGACGCAGGUCGAGCUGCCCACGCCCGGCCGCCGCACCGGCUCCGCCAAGAUGACCGUGUCCUUCCCCAUUGAGGUCAUGCCGCACCCCAAGUUCCGGCGGCAGGGCUCCGACAUAUUCGCCAGCCUGGAGCUGCCGCUGAGCCAGGCGCUCAUGGGGGCCACGGUGCGGGUGGACACGCUGGACGGCGGCGUGGAGCUCAUCGUGCCGCCGCUGACGCAGCAGGGCGACCGCCUGCGGGUGCGCAACAAGGGCAUCUUCAACCCGCGCCGCGGCAUCAAGGGCGACCACUUUGUGGACAUUGUCGUGCAACUGCCGCGCGCGCUGACGCCGCGGCAGCGCGAGCUGCUACUGGAGUUCCAGCAAGAGGAGGAGCGCAAGCGGGGGCAGGCCAGCGGCGGGGCGGCAGGCGGGGCAGCAGGCGGGGCGGGGGCGGGCGGCCAGCAGCGGGCACAGGGGACGGGGACAGGGAGAUGAGGCGGCGGCCGAGAGUGCGUGAUGUGACUGUUAGGGCGAGAGGCGGUCAGCCGCAGCCGGGGUGUGGCGCAUCUGGGCGCAUUGCGCGUCUGAGGGAGGUUGCCGUGGCGUUGAUGUAAGCCGUGGGAGGUGCCAGGUUUGUGAGUGCACGGAUGUUUGCUGUGCCCGCCGUGAGUUGUGGCUGCACACUCACAGACUCCGCGCAAUGUGCAUGUAAGGCGGUUCUAAC